GCUCAACAAAAUGCAUACGAAAUGAAAAGGCCUGGAUUCCUGUAAAUUGUCCUCCGCAAGGUGGCGUUCAUCUUUCAGCUCAAGAUUAUGCUCUCAGCUCUCUCUUAACAGUCACAGUGUCACUACAAGAAGAAUCCAUGGCUAUCUCAAUGAAAAGGAGGGAUUGAAGGUUUGAAACCUUCAUCGCCCUUCUGCUCCAUCUCUCCCUUUCUCAUCUCAGCUACUGUUUCAGCCCUCCUUUUCUUCCCCACCGAUUCCAUGGACCCCGCUACCUCGCGCCCUGCUGUAGUGAUCGAUAAUGGAACCGGGUACACGAAGAUGGGGUUUGCUGGAAAUGUGGAGCCGUGCUUUAUCCUCCCGACGGUGGUUGCCGCCAACGAUUCGUUCGUGAAUCAGCCCAGGGCUUCUUCCACCAAGAGCAGCAACUGGCUGGCCCAGCACAGCGCUGGGGUUAUGGCGGAUCUGGAUUUCUACAUUGGGGACGAGGCCUUGGCCAGAUCUACUAAAUCUAGUAGUACGUACAACCUUAGCUACCCCAUUAGGCACGGCCAGGUGGAUGAUUGGGACGCCAUGGAGCGGUUCUGGCAGCAGUGUAUCUUCAAUUACCUGCGGUGUGAUCCCGAAGAUCACUAUUUUCUUUUGACAGAGAGCCCGAUGACCGCACCCGAGAACCGGGAGUACACGGGUGAGAUAAUGUUUGAGACAUUCAAUGUUCCCGGGCUUUAUAUUGCAGUGCAACCUGUUCUUGCUCUAGCUGCUGGGUACACCACAUCUAAGUGUGAGAUGACGGGAGUAGUUUUGGAUGCUGGCGAUGGGGCUACGCAUGUUGUACCUGUUGCAGAAGGUUAUGUUAUUGGGAGCAGCAUUAAGUCAAUUCCCAUUGCCGGGAGAGAUGUGACUCUCUUUAUUCAGCAGCUUAUGCGGGAAAGAGGUGAGCAUAUUCCUCCAGAGGAUUCAUUUGAAGUAGCCCGAAAAGUAAAAGAAAUGUACUGUUACACUUGUUCUGAUGUUGUCAAGGAGUUCAAUAAGCAUGACAAAGAGCCAUCAAGGUAUGUUAAGCAAUGGAGAGGUACAAAGCCCAAAACAGGGGCACCAUAUUCUUGUGAUGUUGGCUAUGAACGGUUUCUUGGUCCUGAGGUUUUCUUCAAUCCAGAGAUAUACAGUUGUGAUUUCUCUACUUCUCUGCCUGCUGUAAUAGACAAAUGUAUACAGUCGGCGCCAAUAGACACAAGAAGAGCCCUGUACAAGAAUAUUGUUUUGUCUGGAGGAUCAACCAUGUUCAAAGAUUUCCAGAGAAGACUGCAACGCGAUUUGAAAAAGAUAGUUGAUGCUCGUGUUCUUGCAUCAGAUGCUCGGUUGGGUGGUGAAAUAAAAGCACAACCAGUGGAAGUGAAUGUGGUCAGCCAUCCAAUACAGAGAUAUGCAGUUUGGUUUGGAGGAUCUGUGCUUGCAUCCACUCCUGAAUUUUUUGCAGCUUGCCAUACAAAGGCGGAGUACGAUGAGUAUGGAGCCAGCAUAUGCCGCACAAACCCUGUAUUCAAGGGCAUGUAUUGAAUAAUCGAUCCCUUAUAUUAACCGAGUUUUUUCUUCGAAAUCCCAAUCCAGAGUCACAUUGGUUUAUGCUAUCAGCUGUGUGAUGGAUAGCGGCGGUGUAGAUGGUAGGCAGACUCAUUGAUUCUUUCCCUCUCCCUUCAUGUGAGGCACCUUUGGUCAAUGCUUCAGAUGAAAAAGAAGUAGAAAAAGGUCAUUUGUUUUAUUGUUAGAAUUGAAAAUGAUGUUUUUUUUCAUUUGUUGAAUAAUUGAUGUCAUAUCUGUUAGUACAAUUUAGGUAUAGUUUUGUUGUGCCAUAUGAACAUUGAGUGUUCAUAUUGAAAACUGUUUGUAUCUCAACCAUUCUCCCCUCAAUAUAUACUCCCUAUUCUU